AUGAGAUACGGACUCUCUCUUGCCCUGUUCGCCAUUGCUGCGGUAGCAGCCCCAACUCCUCAAGCUACCGAGGGAGGCGCUGAGAGUCUCUUGGCUUCACUCUCAUCACUCAACCUUAGCCAUGACGACGUAAUUCUCUUCGGUGUCAAUGGCCAAUACAAGAUUGUCAAGGACGCUGAAUUCCAUAACCUUACUUCGACAGGUGCUCUGACAUAUGGCGGCAAUGACAAGGUCGACGCCCGCGACAUUUCUGAACCUCUGGCAGCACUCGAGACCCGGGACUGCCCCGGCCUGAACUCCGAAUUCACUGUCACCAGCACGGCUAACUUCCUUGACUGGGACAUUCAGAUGUCUGCGGUUUGGGGAGCACAGCAAGCUCCCGUGACUAUAGCAGUCGCGCACGGCCACUCAGUUGCCAACCAAGUUUCCUUCGGAGGAGAUAUUGGCUUUCCUAUCAAGGCUAUUAGUCUAGGACUCAACAUAGACUACACAAAGACGUGGACUACAACCGACACCACUACAAUCACCUACACUGUCCCGCAGGGUUACUAUGGAACUGUAAUUAGCCAGCCGUGGACUCACCGCGUGUACGGCAACGUCUACACUUCUUGCACUACGGACAACUGGCAGAAGACAACCUUUAUGGCUAGUAGCCACACGAGCCAGAAUUAUGGCGGCAUGGAAUGGGUGACAGGGGUUUUGCGCCUGUGUGCAAGCAAAGAUUACCCUGUUCCUUACUGUGAAGGUUCUGGCUAUCACUACUAG